GUACAUAAUAUACGACGCAGUAGUAAGUGAAGCUGAACAGCCAGGUGGACCCCGGCGGGCUUCGAGCAGGGGGCAGGCAGACACGCGAGAGAGCAGAGCAAUAAGCUUACCCGGAGUCGAGAUCAGCCCCCUUAUUGCCCGGCGCAUCUCGCCCGCCCAGACGGUAAGGUAUAAGAUGUCUCCCUCAGGCCCUCCCCGUCGCGAUCCCGCGCCUACACUUCCUGUACAUGCGUCUUGCGUAGCUAUUUGCCGACAGCCCGUAUCCAUCGCGAGGGGCCGAGCACCCGAUUCGCCAGAGUGCCUUGCCUGCGCACCGACAACGCCCGAAUAAUAGCGCGAGGAUAUAUUAGCAGAAGGGGGAAAAGGAGAAGGGGAAAAGAGAAAGUAGGGGAGGAGAAAAAAAAGAGAGAGAGACCAGAGGCAAGGGGUCAGGUGGGAGAGAAAGAAAGCAGAGAGAGAGAUAACGAAAGGAGGGACCGCGACCAUGUCGGACGUCGACCUGUCGCGGGCCGGGUGGGCGAUCCGGCGGGCCGACUCGUGCAGCGCGGCCGACGACGAGGUGGACUGCGGCGCGACGCGGGCGCCGUUCCGCGCGUGCUGCCCGUCGGGGACGGUGUGCCCGUCGCAGUACAACGCGGCGUGCUUCCCGGCCGGCGGCGAGAACUACACGAGCGCCUUCGUCGACACGCCGCGCUGCGCCGACCCCUCGUGGGUCAUGUUCGACAACGGCGGCUACUUCUGCUGCGCCGCCGGCUUCGUCGGCUGGAACCAGACCCGCUCCUACUCCAACGGCUGCUCCGCCUCCGGCGUCCAGCUGCCCGACGGCGCCCUGCCGCUCGCCGUCGUCUCCCAGGAGUCGUACACUACCACAUCCACAUCCACGUCAUCAACGUCAACAUCGACGCCAAUAUCAACCCCAACACCCUCGUCCAUAUCAACAUCAUCUCUCCCGACAUCCUCCUCAACAUCCACACCCUCGCCCUUCCCCACAGCGGUGCCCGCCAGCGGCAGCUCGCAGGCCGGCGCCGCACCGGUGGGCGCCAUCGUCGGGGGCGUCGUGGGCGGGCUCGUGGGCGCGGGGCUGGUGCUGGUGGUGGUCUGGUGCGCGCUGCGGAAGCGGCGGCGGGCGGACGGCGCGGGGCCCGGUGCCACCGCCGUCGAGGUUCCCGCGGUCUCCGUCGCCAUCGCCCCCGCGCACGCGCCCGGCGGCGCCGCCGGCUACUACGCGCCCGUCAAGUCGCUGGCGCCGAACCCCGUCGAGAUGGACACAACGGGGCGCGCGCAGCGCCCGCGCGUGCGGCCCCACGAGCUUCCAUAGCUCAGCGCAGCGCCGCCGAGCCUCGAUUGGAUAUGCAUACCUACUCUGACGUUGGGGGAGACGAGGAGAGCGGAGAGACGAGAGAGGGAAGGGGAAGGGGUGCGAGAGCGGAAGGCCGGAGGGGGCGGAGAGAGGGAGCGGGAAUAACGGCUCGCAGCCACGCACGCGGGCGAUAGGAUUCCUAGCACCUCGCCCUUUGCGAAGACUGGUGCGUGCCCCCGGGGGUCAGGGACUGCAGGGCGUAUACGGCGGAUGGCUGCGCGCGCGCCGGAGCGUCUAGGAAUCCAUAUCUAGCUCGAGACGAGGGCCACCCCAUGCUAGCAUCGGAAUCGAGCUCGUACCCGCGUCUCCGUAGCGCGCGCCUCCUCGCGCCGCUAGCAUAGCGCGGCCGAGGGUAUAGAGCCGCUGGGUACGGCCAACUGUGGUUGGGCUACUCCAGACUCGGACUAG